ACAACUGCGGAAUUUUUGUACUACUGCAUCUGCUACUGAUCGCAAAGACACGAAAGCAGACGCAACAACACGAUAUCUUCAACAUAGGUAGGCAACAAGGCGUCCCGCCACACCAACAAUGGCUCGUGAGAACAAGGCACCUGCUGCUGGAUGGGCUCUGGGGAGGGGGUCUAGAACAAGUGCACAUGCGAGAAACGAUCCAAUGCAUCAUGGAACGUAGACCUAACCAGAUGGAAAGGCGAGAGAAUGGCCAAAAACGCGCAGGCGAGCUUCAGAUGACCCAGGUAGCCGAAGAUGCAUGGCUAGAGGAGAGAUGGAAAGACGGAGC